AUGGCUUGUGAGAAGAGAGCCUGCUUCUGGACAAAUGUGCUCUCCAUCCUGCUCGUCGCCGCAGGCUGCAACGCCGACGAAGCUUCUGGAGCGACGAACAGCGUCACAGUCACGUCUAACUUCGUUCCAUUCUACAGCCACCCUCAUAUCCACGCCGUUCAGAGAUUACUGAAGCUAUCACGGAAUACGCACACAGAGAAGGAAAAUGCCCUGAAGAGAAUUUUCCUGUCUACGCCAAAUGUAACUUGCAACGAUGGAUCUCCUGCAGGCUUCUACCUACGAAGAUCAAACAACAGUAAUAGAUGGAUAGUGUUCCUUGAAGGAGGAUGGUACUGCUUUGACACAGAAACAUGUCUUAAUCGCUGGACAGAACGACGUUACUUAAUGAGCUCUUCCCAUUGGCCUGAAACACGUACUGUUGGAGGAAUAUUGUCUUCUAACCAAGAAGAAAAUCCUUUCUGGCAUAAUACAAAUCAUGUGCUAGUACCCUAUUGCAGCAGCGAUUCUUGGAGUGGAUCAAGAAACAAACCUCUGAAGGAUCUACAGUUCACAUUCAUGGGUGCCAUUAUUGUAUCACAGGUUAUAGAGGAUUUGUUGCCUCUGGGAUUAAGCAAAGCAACAUCCCUAAUGCUAGCAGGUAGCAGUGCUGGUGGAACUGGAGUCAUAGUCAACCUUGAUGUAGUCAAAGAUUAUUUACACAACAAAGUUGGCUUGCAGCAAAUAGAAGUGAGAGGUGUUUCUGAUUCUGGGUGGUUUCUGGACAGAGAUCCUUACAUCGGCAAUGCACAAAGUCAAACCUCAUCAAUAACGGUGCGCAAAGGGCUGGCAUUGUGGCAAGGCCAACUGCCUGCUCGUUGCGUUCAGAAAUAUUCAAGUGAUCCGUGGAACUGCUACUUUGGGUACAGGUCAUACCCAAUGUUAUCAGCUCCAUUGUUCAUAUUUCAGUGGCUUUUUGAUGAAGCUCAAAUGACAGCUGAUAAUGUAGGCAUACCUGUGACAAAGCAGCAAUGGGACUACAUUUACAAAAUGGGAGACAGCCUUCGCAACACAUUCCAGAAUGUAUCUGCUGUGUUUGCACCAUCAUGCAUUUCACAUUCUGUCCUCCUGAAGAGAGACUGGCUGUCAAUAAAGAUUAAUGAUAUAUCACUUUCACAUGCUUUAAAAUGUUGGGAAAUGAAAUCAUACAAAAAACAACUGAUGGAGCAGUGUGGAAAUCAAAAGAACAACUAUUUAACAGGAACUCCAGUUAUGAAAGAAGAAAUUGAGAAAGGCAUCAAAAACUCAAAAACCAACAAAACCACAGGGCCUGAUGAAAUUCCAAUUGAACUUAUUAAACUCCUUGAUGAAGAAGGAAGGCAGCACAACUGCAUGCGUUCACCAAGAUAUGCAUCACACACACAUCAGAACUCCAGAGAUUCUAAUGACUCAUGUCAUUAUCAUAUAAUAGAAAGGUGUUCGUGGCCACAAUGCAAUCAUUCAUGUCCAAAACUGCAGAACCCUUAUACAGGAGAAGAAAUGGACUUCAUUGAAUUGUUAAAAUCAUUUGGCCUUGACAUGGUGAAUGUUGCAAAUGCACUUGAUAUUGACAUUCAUACACUUAACAAUAUGGAUCAUGAGGAAUUGCUUCAGUUACUUACACAACAAGCUAACUGA